AUGCACGAACCAUCAAAUGCCAUUCAACUUAAAGUUGAUAUUGAAGGCAAAAUAAAAUUUGAUACUAUUCUUAAACACAAUAUUAAGGGCAACAAAAUUGUCUACUCAAAUUUUGUCGAUUUACUACCCAAAGAACUUCGUGAAGAUGAUCCAAGUUUACAAAAACCAUCUGAAGACGAAUUAAAAGAGAAAACAGAAAAAACAUGUCAAGCUCUCGUAGCUCUUGUAUCAUCUAUAGUAUCAGCUGCUAUGCCCGUUCAACAUGCAGAAAAGCAUGCACCUGUUCAAUACAUUCGUUAUACACCAUCACAACCAGGACCUGCUUUUAAUUCUGGUGCUAAACAACGUAUCAUUCAAAUGGUUGAAGUUCAAAAAGAUCCUAUGGAACCACCUCGAUUUAAAAUUAAUAAGAAAAUUCCUCGUGGACCUCCAAGUCCUCCAGUUCCAAUUCUUCAUUCACCGACACGAAAAGUUACUAUAAAAGAACAACAAAAUUGGAAGAUUCCACCAUGUAUUUCCAACUGGAAGAAUGCUAAAGGUUAUACAAUUCCACUUGAUAAACGUUUAGCAGCCGAUGGUCGUGGUCUUCAAAAUACACAUGUCAAUGAAAAUUUCGCUAAACUUGCUGAAUCAUUAUACACAACUGAUUUGAAGGCUCGUGAAGCAGUUGAUAUGCGUGCUAAAGUGGAAAAACAAAUAGCUAAGAAACAAAAAGAAGAAAAAGAAGAACGAUUACGUGAAUUAGCUCUUCAUGCUCGAAUAGAUCGAGCAGGUGUUCGUCUUGCUGAUAAGAGUGAUGAUCAAACUGCUGAACGUGAUCAAAUACGACAAGAAAGACAAAAAGAUCGACAACGUGCUGCUGCUCUUCAACGAGCUGGAGGCGAUAAACGAAAACGUCCAAAAGAACGUGAUAUCAGUGAACAAAUUGCAUUGGGUGUACAAACUGCAAGUAGUACAGGUGUUCAAUAUGAUCAACGUCUAUUUAAUAUGUCGGCGGGUUUUGGUAGUAGCUUGGGUGAUGAUGAAGCUUAUAAUGUAUAUGAUCAACCAUGGAAUUCCUCAACUACUGUUGCUUCUCAAAUUUAUAAACCAACAAAAACAACCAAAGAUAAUUUUGAUGAUACUGAAGCCUUAAUUAAUGCUUCUAAACGAUUCGAACAAGAACAUGGUUUCAAAGGAGUUGAUCGAGCAGCACCACGUGAGGGUCCUGUGCAAUUUCAACGUGACGAAGAUCCACUUGGUUUAAGUGAUUUCUUAAAAGAUGUACGACAUGGUAGUGCUGGUAGUUCAGCUCCAUCAGCUAGUGGAUCUUUUAGUUCAUCGUCUAAGCGUAGUAAUGCAGAUGAUCGAGAAGAGCGAACUAGUGAAAAACGUCGCAAGAAAUAA